AUGUGUCUUGUCAAAGUUAAGCAGGAAGAGGACCACAUAGUCCCUUACCGCGUGGUGCAGCGUGCCCGCUCUCCGCCCCGUCGCCGUGUAUCGCGACAUUCGCGCGACAUUGAACGCCGCUACUCGCGCAGUGAGGUUGUUCGCGACUCACCUCCACGGCCUUCGUCAUCCUAUAUUGCUGUGCCAUCGCCAAAACCUCUUCAGAUCCCCGCGCCGCAGCCGGUGCCUGUGUUCGUCCAGCCUUCUCCGCCUCCACCACCACCACCGGCGCCUAUGCCUGCUCCACCACCGCCGCCAAGCCAUAUCUCGUCUCAUCAUACUUCCCAUCACGGUGGCGCGCACUACGUCGAGGUCUCUCCGCGAUCUAGCAUCACCUCCCAUACGUCUAGUCUUGAUGACCGUAGUGAAUAUGUGUACCGUGAGCGCGAGGUCCGGCGUGAACGCCAACGAGCUUACAGCCCUGACAACCCACGCUACGAGCACUACCGAUAUGUGGAGCCUGCAUCGAGCGAGAGCGAUCAUUACGAGAGAUAUCAGACGCGAGACCGGAGCAGACAGCGUAGUCGCAGCCGUGCUGGCUACGACGAUUCGAGGGGAGGCUAUAGAGAAACCACCAACAUGAGGGUGUCAAUCGGAGAAAAUGACGGAAGGCGGAGGAGGGACUACGGUCGGUAA